AUGCCAAAUGUGAUGCUAAGAAUGAGAAGGCUCACUGCUGAUGCAGACUAUGAUGUCAGCGAAAUGUCUGGGAAUGUAGCAAGUUCAUGGUCGGACUAUGAAAAAUAUCAUGCAUACUAUGAACUCCGAACAAAGCGCAUUCAUCUAGGUCUUCCUGACAAUAUGACCAAGUUGCAAAAACAAGGUGUAUUCUUAUUCUGCUGGGCUCCUUUUUUUUCGGUGAAUAUAAUCCAAGCAUUUUGUAUUCGCUUUCCUGGAGAAAUAACUGCGAAUUCUGCCACACAAGUUGAGGGGUUUUGCAAUAUUUCUCCAACAGCCAUUAGUCUUUGUGUUUGGCUUGGCUACAAAAUCUUUUAA